AUGUUUGGAUUGGCCCUUUCCUUUGAAGACACCCUCAUAAUAAGAAGUGUGCUGCUUAGAGACCUGGUAGUAGCAGUCACUUCACUGAUUGCAGAGCCAUGUUUGAGCAUCUUCUGUUACGAUGUAAGAAUAAACCUGUGCAGGUUUUACUGGGAUUUAAUAAUGCUAAUAAUGAUGGUUGGAAAUCUGGUCAUCAUACCAGUUGGAAUCACAUUCUUCACAGAGCAAACGACAACACCGUGGAUUAUUUUCAAUGUGGCAUCAGAUACUGUUUUCCUAUUGGACCUAAUCAUGAAUUUUAGGACUGGGACCGUCAAUGAAGAUAGUUCUGAAAUCAUCCUGGACCCUAAAGUGAUCAAGAUGAAUUAUUUAAAGAGCUGGUUUGUGGUUGACUUCAUCUCAUCAAUCCCAGUGGAUUAUAUCUUUCUCAUAGUAGAAAAAGGAAUGGAUUCAGAAGUUUACAAGACAGCCAGGGCACUUCGCAUUGUGAGGUUUACAAAAAUUCUAAGUCUCUUGCGUUUAUUACGGCUUUCAAGAUUAAUUAGAUACAUACAUCAGUGGGAAGAGAUUUUCCACAUGACAUAUGAUCUUGCCAGUGCAGUGGUGAGAAUUUUUAACCUCAUCGGCAUGAUGCUGCUCCUUUGCCACUGGGAUGGCUGUCUUCAGUUCUUGGUACCACUGCUGCAGGAUUUCCCACCGGAUUGCUGGGUGUCUCUAAAUAAGAUGGUCAAUGAUUCAUGGGGAAAGCAAUAUUCAUAUGCACUCUUCAAAGCCAUGAGUCACAUGCUAUGUAUUGGGUAUGGGGCCCAAGCCCCAGUCAGCAUGUCCGACCUCUGGAUUACCAUGCUGAGCAUGAUCGUAGGCGCCACCUGCUACGCCAUGUUUGUGGGCCAUGCCACGGCUUUGAUCCAGUCUUUGGAUUCUUCGAGGAGACAGUAUCAAGAGAAGUAUAAACAAGUGGAGCAAUACAUGUCAUUCCAUAAGUUACCAGCUGAUAUGCGCCAGAAGAUCCAUGAUUACUAUGAACACAGGUACCAAGGCAAAAUCUUUGAUGAAGAAAAUAUUCUCAGUGAACUCAACGAUCCUCUGAGAGAGGAGAUAGUCAACUUCAACUGCCGGAAACUGGUGGCUACAAUGCCUCUGUUCGCUAAUGCUGAUCCUAACUUUGUGACUGCCAUGCUGAGCAAGUUAAGAUUUGAAGUGUUCCAACCUGGAGAUUAUAUCAUCAGAGAGGGAGCUGUGGGUAAAAAAAUGUAUUUCAUUCAACAUGGCGUUGCUGGUGUCAUCACAAAAUCCAGUAAAGAAAUGAAGCUGACAGAUGGCUCCUACUUCGGAGAGAUUUGCCUCCUGACCAAAGGACGCCGCACAGCCAGUGUUCGGGCUGAUACAUACUGUCGUCUUUAUUCACUGUCGGUGGACAAUUUCAACGAGGUCUUGGAGGAAUACCCCAUGAUGAGGAGAGCUUUUGAGACGGUUGCCAUUGACCGACUAGAUCGAAUAGGAAAGAAAAACUCAAUUCUUCUCCAAAAGUUCCAGAAGGAUCUGAACACUGGUGUUUUCAACAAUCAGGAGAAUGAGAUCCUGAAGCAGAUUGUAAAACACGAUAGGGAGAUGGUGCAAGCAAUUGCCCCAAUCAGUUACCCUCAAAUGCCAGCCCUGAAUCCCACGUCCUCCACCACAACCCCCACUUCCAGAAUGAGGACACAGUCUCCACCAGUGUACACAGCCACCUGUCUGUCUCAUAGCAACCUGCAUUCCCCCAGCCCCAGUACACAGACCCCCCAGCCUUCUGCCAUCCUCUCACCCUGCUCCUACACCACAGCGGUCUGCAGCCCUCCUGUACAGAGCCCGUUGGCAACUCGAACUUUCCACUACGUCUCCCCUACGGCUUCUCAGUUGUCACUUCUACAGCAGCAGCAGCAGCAGCAGCAGCAGCCUCCACAGACACCGCAUCCACAGCAGCCCCAACAGCCCCAGACACCCAGCAGCUCCACGCCGAAAAAGGAAGCGCACAAGAGCACCCAGGCGCGUCCCAACACCAACCUGACGCGGGAAGUCAGACCCCUUUCCGCCUCGCAGCCCUCGCUGCCCCAUGAGGUUGCCACGCUGAUUUCCAGACCUCAUCCCACUGUGGGCGAGUCCCUGGCCUCCAUCCCUCAACCCGUGACAGCCGUCCACGGCCCCGGCCUUCAAGCAGGGGGCAGGGGCAGUGUCCCGCAGAGAGUCACCCUGUUCCGACAGAUGUCAUCUGGAGCCAUUCCCCCCAACCGAGGAGUCCUCCCAACACUCCCUCCACCAGCAGUUGCUCUUCAGAGAGAGUCUUCCUCAGUCUUAACCACAGACCCAGAUGCAGAAAAGCCACGGUUUGCUUCCAACCUAUGAUCCCUGCUCAUUGUCAAAGCAGAAAGACCCACUGUCAAGGACUGAGAACACCCUGAAAUCUUAUUUUAUUCUGUCUCCGGAUAGAUCCCUAUAGCCUACUCUGGAGAAAUAUUUUAGACAACUCUGCCAUACAUGCAAAUUGUAAAGAAAAUAUAUACAUAUGAAUAUACAUAUAAAUAUACUAUUAAAUAUAUAUAUUUAAAUUCCCAAGAGAAAUUCAAAAGACCUGUUUAGCAUCCAGUGUUAUAUGUCUUCCUUUCUUUAAGUCAUUCAAGGUUUUAAAAUGUUCUAAGAUUAUUUAUUUUUAACCUACUUUGACUUAAUUCCUUUAAGAUAUAUGUUCUUCUCAGUUUUAUGAAGAGUUCUUGGAUUCCUUGAAAACAAAACUCUGACGUUAAAAAGGCAACUCAUUCCGGCUACUGCAAAGCACCAACCAAAACUUUUGUUAUCUGUGUCUCGGCAUCCAAAUUGUUGAUCAUUAGUUAUUGAGGAUUAACUCACAAACCCCAGUUCUUAGCUCGAAAUUGUUUUGGUGCUUUGGAUCUGGAUUAGGUUAAGGAACACGCUCUAUGCUUGGUCACGGUAGAAAGAGGAGCGUCGCCAUGAAUAGCUCUCACCUCAAACAUGUUCAUUGAUCUUUCCCAAAGCUGAGGGGGCAUCUGUCUUCAUGUGUUAUUGGACUCGUACCAAGACUCAAUCGAUGUUAGUUGUAAAUAAUUUUCAACCCUAACAAACAAAACAAAAUAACGGCUCUGUGUUUUAGGAAGGCAAAAGUCAUUGUCUAAGAAUUUAGGUUUGCUGCUUCACUUCAAAACUUUAGAGUUUUAAAAUUUUAAAGACCUAAUUGUAACAAUUAUUCAGCUGUAAUGCAAUGGCUUGACAUCUACAAUAUUAUUUUAACCUGCUAUGUUUUAUGCUAAAAUGUAUGCUCGAUUCUAUAAAUUGCUUGUAUUACACACA